AUGGAAUUUAAGGAUUAUGACAAGUAUCACGGAGCGUUGAGCUUGCCAGAAGACGCAUCUUUACAAGAACUGGAUGAAACGUAUUUCAACGCGGUUGAAUACUGGACAGUGCAAGGUCGACGGGGCGCCGAGAAUGCGAAGAGGCAAUUACAACUUAUCGACGAAGCUUACGGCGCGCUCUUCGAGAGGCACCUGAAAGACCAGGAAGGCAUGGGAUACGGGAAGGCGAACUACACUAUGCAACAGGUGGUCAACGGCCAAGAACGUAUGACCAAGCCGAGUGAGGGCGACGAAGACCUCUGGAUUCCUCCUCGACGAGCGAGAUCUGCUUCGCCUGAAAUGGAAGACGGCAUGGAAAUCGACGAGGUACAAGAAUACGAAAAGACGGAACAGCCGACAGUGUACCAGUCGGAUCCUGCGCCGGGAUUCGUCAUUCGAGAGAUCAAAGGUGACAUCAAAGAUGCUCCUGACAGAGCAGUCAUUGUCCAUGCAGUCAACUGUCAAGGAGUCUGGGGCUAUGGGAUGGCGAAAGAACUCAAGAACAUGGUACGGCUACAGCCUAAUCCCUUCUGGACCCUGGUUAACUAUUUCAAGUGCCCAGCAGCAUUCGAGACCUACCGAUUGCACUGUCAACGGGCCAGCCGCCCAUACAGUCUUGUUGGGACUUGCCUCCUUAUCCCUCCGCAGCCAUCCGACUAUGAGCAAGAACGCAAGCUGAGACUCAAAGGCCUUGAUAAUUCAUUUAUCCGGGAGGUUCCUAUCCCCAAACCGCGUCAUUGGAUUGGCUGCCUCUUCACCAGCACUGGCUAUGGUAAACGGAACAUGAAAACAAACAAUCCUGGCAAAGACUCCCCAUCCCAGAUCCUCAAUCACACGAGAUUCGCCCUUGAGGAAUUCCGCACACGCCUCGAGGACUAUGACAUACCGGGUCCCGAGAAGGUAACAGCGAGCGAGGCCGACGACGACAAACCUGGAGAGAUAUGGAGCGCAAAAUUCAACAGCGGUGCAUUCGGAGUUGAUUGGGAACUCACUCGUGAUAUCUUGGUAGAGGAGUUUGAUAAUUCCGGGCGCCAGUGGACACUCUUGGAGAGGAUCAGUAGUGGAGGCGAUGACGCUUUGGAAUCUGCAAACUGGAAUGUCUCGGAAGGUUCUGGUUUCAAACACUCCCGGAGACAUUCUCAAAUCGAAAAUGAGGACCGCCCAAAGACACAGAAUGACGAGGCAGUAGAAGGCGACCUGCCUUUGCGGGAUGCACUGCGGGAGAUGGGCUUUCAUUGA